UCCUUCAGAUGUUGUGAUGACUACUCAUUCCAAGGGUCAUACGUGCUGUUUUGGUGGAUCAGUUUAAUAAGAGAAUGGACUGAAUGUGUUUGAGGCAGCAGGAACUAAAUGCUGAGUGAGGAUGACUGAAGUGAAAGUGGAAGAGAGCAUCAUGUCAUACUUAUCACAGACUGAGACUGGCACCGGCCCCAAAGACUUGAAUGUGGUGGCCAUUCUUCACAACUUCUGGGAGCAGAGGCAGCUGAAUGGUUCUUCCAGUGACUCAGAUGGUUUGGGUGGAAAAGCAGGCGGCCAAACAGAGAGCCUGCUGCUGUACGAAUCUGCACCUUGCCCUGGUCCCCCGUACAUCUGCUAUGUCACGCUUCCUGGAGGAAGCUGCUUUGGUAACUAUAAGGUGUGUGAGACUCAAGCAGAAGCUCGGAGGGACGCGGCUCGCGUGGCUCUGAUGAACUCACUUGUGAACGAGUUGCCAUGUCGACGCAUCGACCCUGAGUUCAUCACUCACAGUUUGCGUCAGGCAGCCCGAGACAGUGCUGUUUCUAUAGAAGAUGCAUGUGAUUCGAGUACCAGUAUAGGAACCUACAGUUUGCUGCUUCACUCCUACAUUGGAAGGACUAUGCUGGAGUUCCAGGAGAUGAUGACAAUUUUCCAGUUGUUGCACUGGAAUGGGACACUGAAAGCUCUGAGGGAAAGGCAGUGCUCUCGACAAAGCGUGAUUAGCUAUUACUCUCAGCGAGGCCUUGAUGAGUACGUGCGCAGCAGUAUGGCUCUGGAUUGGCUGGGACGGGAGCAGAGAUCACCAGGUCUCAUCGGAGCGGAGCUGCAGGUGGCACAGAGGGAACUGGUGUUGGCCCGGCGUCGAGGUGUAGAGCUACGCUUCUACAGGGAAAAGACAGAGAUCCUCAGCUUGGCUCUGAGCCAAGCAUACAUUCACCCCACACCUGAGAUCUUCAGCCAUUCGCAGAGUCACAAAUACAAGCAAGAGCACCUUCCUUUAGACAUGUUUUACAGUGAGGACACAGAAGCCCAGAUAACCCCACCCUUGAGCCAUUUGUCAGCUGUCCAUAAUAACGCACAGCAAACAGUCUGUCAAACCUCUGGACAAAAUAUGCUCUCUGAUAGCCCUUCACCAUGUUCACAGCAAGCGUUUGUGCCUUUAGAUAACUUUGAAUAGACUGAAUCAUAGCGUAGAAGAUGGAUGAGCCAUAUUGUCAUUUAACUCAGUCUGUUACACAGAAAGCAACUAAUAAAUAUUAUGUUCUCUGUCAAUAUGCUUGAGAGUUUAAAAAAAAAAAAGUUUUAGGAGUUACAAAUGUUGGUUAUCAUAAUGUCCAACCAUAAUUAACAGUCCAACAUCCAGUUUAGUUUGUGACUAUAAAGCUAAAACUCACUGUAAUGUAUAAGCAUCUUUAACGAGAAUAAAUGUAGCAUUCAAAUUAUUUAGAUUAAAGUGUAGUGAACUUAAUUAGACUGUUAAUGUGAACUUCAGUUUAUUCUAAUUUUUUUAUAAAGAACACUCUCUGUUACUAUCCUACAUUUUAUUUAUGUGCAUUCUUGAUGCACAUUCUUGUGGUAAUGUGGCAUGUACAGUCACAAAAAAGAAAGUUUUCACAGGACUCUAUACAGUCCUAUAAAAACUAAGUACAUCCCAUGAUUCAGUAGCUUGUAGACCCACCUUUAGUAGCUAUAAUUUGAAGUAAUUGUUUUCCUCGUGACUUUUUCGGUCUUUUUUACAACGUUGCUUCAGUCCAUUGAGGUUUGCGGGCAUUUGUUUAUGCACAGCUCUCUGAAGGUCCCACCAGAGUAUUUCAAUCAGGUUGAGGUCUGGACUUUGACUGGGCCAUUGCAGCACCUUGAUUCUUUUUGUUUUCAGCCAUCCUGUUGAAGAUUUGCUGCUUGGGCUCAUUGUCCUGUUGUAUGACCCAAUUUCAGCCAAGCUUUAGCUGUCAGACAGAUGGCCUCACAUCUGACUCUAGCAUACUUUGGUAUACAGAGGAGUUCAUGGUCAACUCAGUGACUGGAUGUUGCCUAGGUCCUGUGGCUGCAAAACAAGCCCAAAUCAUCAUGUCUCUUGACUUGGUAUGAGGUGUUUGUGCUGAUGUCUUGUGCUUGGUUUUUACCAAAUGUGGCACUAUGCAUUAUGGACAAACAUCUCCACUUUAGUCUCAUCAGUCCAGAAAUCUUGUGAUUUGUUCUGAUGCAACUUUGCAAAUGUAAGCCAUGCUGCCAUGUUCUUUUUAGAGAGAGGAGGCUUUCUUCUGGCAACCCAUCCAAACAAGUCAUACCUGUUCGGUCUUUUUCUAAUUGUACUGUCUUGAACUUUAAAAUUUAACAUGCUAACUGAGGUCUGAGAUGUAGCUCUUGGGUUUUUUGCAGUGUCUCUGAGCAUUGCAUAGUCUGACCUUGGGAUGAAUUUGCUGGGAUAUCCACAUCUUUGAAGACUGGCAGCUGUCUCUUUUUUUUUUACACUUAUGAAUAAUCUUUCUAGAAUGUAUCAAGCAGAUGUGAGUGACAUGCACUGCAGCCAGUCAGUUAGAAUGCAGCUAAUAUAAGAAGCAAAGAUGCUUCUGAUUCUUUUACAUUGGUAAAGGACACAAAGCAAA